AGCACUGAUCGAGCAACUGCCCGAAUAAUCAACAAUUAAGAGUGUUUCCACCCCCGAAUAAGACCAAAACCCAGAAAACUAAUUAACAAUAAUUAAAAAACAAAAUAAAAGCGCCUCAUUCUUGAUUGAUCCCUCAAUUAAUAAAAUGAAUAAACAAUUCGAAGGGAGAAGUGGCAAGUGUCGCCGAAACGGAAUCAGCGCCUGUCUCAGCCAAUAAAUCGUGUCAAUGCCGCUGUCGCACAUUUCUCUCCACCGUGAAAUGAUCAACCGACUAUUAGUUCAUGACACUAUCUCAUCGGCGUCAAAAAGAGUAUCCGUGUGUGACAGUUGUCAGGAGUAAUUACAUUUUUAUCACGUACUCCCGAUUAUUGACCCCAUUCACCGUUAAUUCAAUAUGUCGAUUGAGGGUGCUAUGAGUUUAAUCUCAUUACGAAUGAGCAUGAUUUCCAGAUCACCGCACUAAAAUGAUUGCAAUUGAACAAAUUGAUGGUUUAACUGUUAAUGAGACGUUAUCGUUGUGAAAAUGAAUUAUUCAGAUUUAUGAGAGUGAGAAUAAAAUCGGAGCUAUGGAUUAUGAGUAUAUGCCCUUUCAGAGAGAGAGGGAUAUUCAUAAUAGAUGCUGUGGGGGAAAAUUCUGGUGUAUCAAGGAUAUAUGCGGAAUAAUCUGUGCCAUUCUAACAUGGCUUCUCAUAAUUUAUGCUGAAUUCGUUGUGAUGGCUGUCAUUCUCAUUCCUACUAUUCACACGUUCUAUUCCAGUGUAAAUAUGGCUAUUUUUCAAACUAUGGCGUUUUUAGCUUUCGCCUCGCAUCUCAGAACAAUGUUCACUGAUCCAGGAGCUGUGCCAAAAGGUAAUGCAACCAAAGAAAUGAUUCAACAAAUGGGGUUUAGAGAGGGCCAGGUGAUAUUCAAGUGUCAGAGGUGUUGCUCUAUUAAACCUGACAGGGCACAUCACUGCUCGGUUUGUCAGAGAUGCAUUAGGAAAAUGGAUCAUCAUUGCCCUUGGGUGAACAACUGCGUUGGGGAGAAUAAUCAAAAAUAUUUUGUACUUUUUACAUUUUAUAUCGCCGGAAUAUCGUUGCAAUCAUUAUUUCUCUGUAUUCAACAAUUCACCACGUGUGUGAGACAAGAGUGGCGUGAAUGUUCAACAUUCAGUCCGCCAGCAACAGUCGUACUACUGCUGUUUCUCACUUUCGAGGCCCUGCUCUUCGCAAUUUUCACAGCUGUCAUGUUGGGCACCCAAUUGCAAGCGAUAUGGAACGAUGAAACGGGGAUAGAGCAGUUGAAGAAGGAGGAGGCCAGAUGGGUGCGCAAUAGCAGAUGGAAAUCAAUUCAAGCUGUCUUCGGUAGAUUCUCACUGGCUUGGUUCUCUCCAUUCACAUCACCCCCAAAUGCCAAACCUAAAUUAGACUCUUAUCUUUAUUCAGUUUGAGUUAUCGUAUUCUCUCAACUCGAGCUGCAUCGUUGUACAUAUAAUAUAAGUGAGACUUGAGGAAUUGUAGGAGCCUAUCUGCACGUCACUGAUUACCACGGAAAUGAUACAUCCGUUUCUCGACUUAAUCUGUCCACUGAUGAAAAAAUUUCAUAGGAAGACGUGGUGAAAUCGAUAGAAAAUUCUAUUGAACUUCUGUUAAAAAUUCUAUUAGUUUUUUAGGCGCAGAAUUAAGUGGAAUUACUUCAAAAAUAUUCCAACCGUAAAAUCGAAUCAUGAAAAUAAGGAAAUGAAAAUGAAACAUGAAAAAAUCAUUGUAAAGUUGACAAAUUGAAUUUUCUAUGAAAUUUUUUCACACGUGUUGUCUUUCGAAAUCAUUGAUAACAAAUGAUACAAAAAAUUCAGUACCUCUGGUGAUAAAAGACCAUAAAAAUUCAAAACGAUGAUUGUAACAGUGCCUGGAAAUUAAUGGAAACAUAAAACGACUAGAUCAUGUGUAAAUAUUUACAUAAGUUAAGCAUUUUUUAGAAAAUACCUAGGUGUUUGCAAUUUUAUACGAAUUAGGCAUAGCGUUUUGAUGAAUGGAUGAAUAUUAAUCAGGAAUUUUUGACCUUCCUAACUCAGUAAUUUAGGUGGUUAAAUUAAACAUGAGUAUCUCAAUGAAGAAGCGAAAUUGCUCUCAAUAUUAAUCUGUAUUCGACAUUCCAUGAUAAUUAAAUCUUCCGCAUCGAAGCUAUAACUGUACCUUCAGCACACUGGCGCUGAGUUACGCUUUGCCACGUCCGUACUUAUCCUCGCGUAAGCAAGAGACAACUAUAUAUCUAAUAUAUUGUAAUCGAAAAACCGUGAAGCAUGUUGUAGGUUUAAGUGGGAAAUAAUUUGCUGUGCAAUCUGUGUGAUAAAUCAAGAAUGCUUAGAUACGACUAUUGAAAAUCAUUUUUGAUCACUGAAAUACAAACGCGGGAAGAAGAAACGAGAAUUACAGACCACUUACUCAUGAUUUAGGAGUGGAUGUGCUUUUCCAUGCUCCUAAAUUAUAAAUUAAGACAUCACAAGUUGUUUUAUAUCCAAGAAAUAUUGGGUUAAUAAACUUCAUUGAAAAAUCAA